AUGCCGCUGCCGUCUGACAGUCAGCGGCGUAGAAGACGGUUGCGGAGCUGGAGGGGAUCCGUGUCAGGGUCUGGAAUUUUGAUUGGGUUGCAGCUAUUGGCGCGCGGUGCUGAUGGAUUCAACCCACCGCUACUGGAACCCUCAGCAGCAGGGCUUGGCGUGGGGCUACUAUCCCUUGCCGAGCAGCGACGGUUGCCGAGCACGAGUACGACGCGCUGGCAGAGGACCGCCCCCGACAACAGACUGUACUCGGAGGACUCCUCCACACACAACCCUGCUGGCAGUAGAGGAUGCCACGGCUCAAAACGAGGGGCGAGAAGAGGAAGCCGGCUCGCCGCCGCCGAUGACGACAACGGCGGUCCGGAGUACCAGCGGCGUAACGGCUACGAUAUGGAGGAGAGGUUGGAGGGAAGAGCCUGGGUUGUCGAGGGCGGCGGUACGGCGGGGGGAGGAGGUGGGGACGUCGGCGUUAGUACCGUUGGGGGCGGGGGGGGUGCAGUAUCAAACGCCGUCCCCACGGAGGAGAGCAUGGACGCGGCGGCCAAGCUGUCGGUGCCCCUCAAGGUCAUGGUGUUCAUCGACGGCACGUGGCUCUACUACAGCUUCUUUGGAAGGGGGGAGCGGUGUCACGUGUCUGCGAAGCUUGGGCCCGGCUGGGUGUACGAGUACAACGUGAAGUGGGAGAUGCUACCCGUGAUCAUCAGCCGCGCCGUACACGCGCAGCUCGCCCGGUACGGCCAGUCUUCAAGACUCGUGGAGGUGGUUCGCACGGUGGUUUUUUCGAGCGCCCGUAAGGAUACGGACAAGGACAGCACGAGGAUGCGGAUGUUCAACGCCAUGCGGGAGAAGAACUUCGAGGUGCACAUGGCCACGACCGUAGGGGUCCAGGAGAAGUGCAUCGACAUCGCUCUGGCGGUGGAAAUGAUGCACUACGCGACUAUACCGGACACCUACGACGUGGGCGUGUUGGUGACUGGGGACAAGGACUUCAUGCCGGCGAUGGCGCGCACGCGCCAGAAGGGGCGGAGGGUCUGCCUGUGCAGCAUGCGCAACUCGUGCAACCAAGCCCUCCUCCGAGACGAUGCGCACGUCACGGACUUCGAGCCCAUUUGGAUCAACGAGUACCUCGACGACCUCAUGGAGUACGUCCCGCCUGUGGAAGGGAUUGGUGCAAACAAGGUGAAGGUCGCGCCUGAGAUCUUGUGUCAGGUCGUGAUGAAGCUCGUCGAGCAGCAGGGCGGCAGCAUCAACUCUAGGUUGCUGGGGAGAGAGCUGAACAAGAUUAGCGUCGACGAAGACGGUACGACAGCCCUCAGUGUCAUCAAGGAGAGGUGGCAGGUCCUCUCGAGGUUCGUGUUCGAGCACAGCGAUAUGUUCCAGGCCAUCCUCCCUGUUAGCAACCCGACCAAGACCAAGGAGUACACCAUCUCCAAAGUCGACAGCCAGAACUCGAUGAAAUCGCUCAAGCUUGGUGAGGUGAUGGACGAGUCAGUGUCGGACGAUGAUGAGGCGUACACCGAUGAUGAAGAAGAGCUAGAGGAGGAAGAGCUAGUGGAGGAGGAAAACAUGGGCGGCGGAAGUGCGUGCGAUGCCGACGAAGAACGAGUGACGGAAGAGAGCCUGUCUGGGGAGGUGAUACCGCAGCUCAAGACACGCCUUCGGGAGAGGGGUCUGCCCGUCUCCGGCAAGAAGUCCGUCCUCGUAGCACGCCUACUGGACUCCAUGGCCGGCGAUUCCCGCCCGCCGCCGGCGCCGCGACGACGCGGCGAUCCUCCCAUCGUCGGCGCUGGCGCUACGCCCGAAGGCGAGGCUGUAGUAACGCCACCAGACGUGGGUAGGGGGCUUGGCCACGGGGACGCCAACGCGGCGGACGGCGGGGGCGGCGGCCGUGGUUUGCCGGGAGGAUGGGCGGCAGCGGCGGCGGAUGCCUUGCUCGCGGGCGACUCUUCUUACUUGAGACUAAAUAUGCCUAGCGGCGGCGGCAGCGGCGGCAGCGGGGGGAGAAUGCAAGGCCAUGCCGGAGGGCGGGGCAACGGCGGAGUAGUAGGCGACGGCAGCCCCGCCCCCCGGCCUCCGGGGCUUACAGCGGAGAAGGCGGCGAAGGCCCGGCGGAAGAACGGGCACGCGGCCCUGGUGGGCCUGGUGUCCAGGUUGCUGAGUGAAGAGGCGCGGGCGCCGGGGUUCAGCGGGAUCACGUCCUCGAGGCAGCUCGGGCGGCUGUUGGCGGCGCACCCCUCCCCGGAGAACCCGAACGAGACGGCGCUGAUGUGCCUCAAGUCGAGGUGGCCCUCUUUGAUGACCUUCGUGAAGUCCUGCCCGGAGUUCACCGUGACCGAUAUCGGCAAGGAGAAGGAGUUCGGGGUUGUCAUGAACGAGAGGGGGGGGUGGGCGAGUCGGGGCGGCGAGGAGAGUAGACAUCGCCCCGGCUCGGGCCAAGCCGUCGCGGCGGUGAACGAUAGUGAUGGCCGGCGACAAUAAUAGUUGUAGAAAAGUUUCGACGACACAGCACGAAACAGUGCCCGUGGCGGAACUUUUUUUGAGACAUGUUUGAUGAGAGACGAGCGAAUCAUCCACCCCUUUUUGUG